AUGGCCAAAGUUGGCUUAUCCCUUUAUUCUGUACUUGCUUUCUUUUUCUUCUUUAAGCUGUGUUUUUGCUUCAAUCCAAAACAACUAAACUCGUCAACAAUUACAUCCGAUUGGUCUUCUGCUGGAGCUACCUGGUAUGGCAGCCCUGAUGGUGCUGGAAGCGAUGGAGGGUCCUGUGGGUACGGCAGUACGGUAUCACAAUCUCCAUUCUCUUCCAUGAUUACGGCAGUAGGCCCAUCUCUAUACAACUCAGGCAAACAAUGUGGAGCAUGUUAUCAGGUCAAAUGCACAGAAAACCCAUCUUGCUCUGGCAAACCGGUAAGGGUGGUCAUAACGGAUUCUUGCCCCGGUUGUACAUCAGAAUCCGCACAUUUUGAUCUCAGCGGGACUGCAUUUGGUGCCUUGGCACUUUCUGGUGAAGAAGGCAAACUUCGUGAUGCAGGAGUCUUGGAAAUUAGUUAUGAACGUGUAGCAUGUGAUUAUCCAGGAAAAACCAUAGCAUUCCAUGUGGAUCAAGGGUCAAACCCUUACUACUUUGCUGUGGUGGUUGAAUAUGAAGAUGGAGAUGGAGAUCUUGAUGGUGUUGAUCUAAAGGAGGAGGGGUCCGACAAUUGGCGCGCCUUGCAGCAAUCGUGGGGAGCAGUUUGGAAGCUAGAUGCCGGGUCAAAACUACAAGCUCCGCUCUCCAUUCGCUUGACCUCCGAAUCGGGCCAAACCCUUGUAGCAAAAGAUGUGAUUCAAGAUGGGUGGCAGCCUGGUGCAACGUAUAAAUCCUUGGUUAAUUACUAA